AUGGAAGGCCUACCCCCAUUUAAAGUCAUUGAACCUCAAGCGAGCCACAGUUCAUCCAUAAUAUUUCUGCAUGGGCUCGGGCAUUCCAACGCUACAUGGCAUGCUGCUAUGCACAAGGCGUUAGCAAGCCAGCUACCGCAUACAAUGUGGAUCUUUCCACAAGCACCUACUAGAUAUGUUUCUAUGUACCGUUCCGAGCACCCCGCGUGGUUCGAUGUGCAUCAGCUUCCACCAGGGAACGACGAAUUUGACGAGUCGGCAGUCGAACACUCGAUAGCACUCGUCGAGCGUUUUAUCUUGUGGCAAGUCCAUUGCGGGAUAGAUCCCAAGAGGAUUGUACUAGCUGGCUUCUCGCAAGGGGCAGCAACCAGUAUGCUAGCUGCCCUUACGUCGCUGCAUGAUCUCGCCGGGGUAGCAAGUCUAUCUGGCUGGCUUCCUACCAAGGCUUUAAGGAUGCUGCACUCCGCACCGACUACACCGAUCCUAUGGUGUCACGGAGGAGCUGAUAAGGAGAUUCCGUUGUCCAUGGCUUCUGACGGACUCAAUGCGCUGUGCACAGACUUUAAGAUGUCGUCUGCCUUAGUAACCUUUAGAGUUUAUGAUUCCCUCAAGCACAAACUAUGUGACGACGAACUCAAGGACUUCGGGAUAUGGUUGAACUAUAUUCUGCAAUGA